UCCCAGUUGCCUGCCCAGUUGGGACCCUGAACAACAGCACAGGUGGUACCUCUCCAGAGAGCUGUGUGCCGUGCUAUCCUGGGUCUUUCUGCGCUAGCAUUGGUUUGAGUUCUCCAACAGGACCUUGUACUGAGGGAUUUUACUGCCCAGCAAACUUCAGCUCCUUCAGCCCCACAGCAUUUCUCUGCCCAAAGGGUCACUUCUGCCAGUUAGGAGCAGCUCACCCAACACCAUGCCCUGCUGGGGAGUACCAGCCAGCCAGGGGCUCUGCGUCCUGCAUUCCAUGCCAGAGAGGAUUCUACUGCCAGGAACUGGUGGCUGGAGACCCCAAGAGCUGCCCACCACAUACUUACUGUCCUACAGGCACACAGUUUCCUCAGACGUGUCCUGAAGGCACCUUUACUCCUCCAAAUACGACUGGCCUCUGGAAUGAGAAGCAAUGCCUGCCUUGCUUACCUGGUCACUACUGCAGGCGUGGACAGCUAGUGGGGAAAUGUGCUGCUGGAUACUUCUGCCUUGCUGGGAGCUCUCAGCCCACUCCACAGGGCCCUGGCUUUUCCUGGCACUUUCUGUCUGGAUGCCAGUGGGGUCAGGCAUGUGCUGGGCUGUGCCCUGCAGGUUUCUACUGCCUGGAGGGCUCUGAGUUACCUAUACCAUGUCCUGCCAAUACUAUUAGGGAUGUUCCAGGGGCUGGGCAGAAGGAAGACUGCCUGCCCUGUCCACCAGGCCACUGGUGCAAAGCAGGAGACUCAGAGGCUUCUCCGUGUCCCUCAGGACACUAUUGCUUUGGAAGUAAUGGCAGUGACCAAGACAGUCUGUUGGCACCUCAGAAAUGCCCUCCACAUACUUACCGCAAGCUCCCAGGAGCUCAGAGCCUGACAGAUUGCCAACCAUGUCCUCCAGGCUAUCACUGCCCUCUGUCAGCAGGUCUAACCAGUUUUGAGGAUUAUCCAUGCCCGUUGGGAUACUGGUGUCCUGGUAAAGGGGAUGCUUUCUUUUGUCCACCUGGCACUUCCAGGGUACACCCUGGUGCAAAAUCACUGGAAGAAUGUGAUCCCUGCUCAGCUGGCUACUACUGUCCAGACCCAGCACAGACAGGGCUGCCUAACACCCAAGGAGUACCUUGUGAACCUGGCUAUGAAUGCCCAGCAGGUUCAGUCAAUCCAAAGCCUUGCAGGCCUGGCUCAUACUGCAGUGCUCGCACAGCCGUGCCCUCCAUGUGCCCUGCUGGAUAUUACUGUCCUGAAGGCUCAUCAACAUACAAUAGCCCUGAGCAGCUAUGUGUGUUUCCCUAUUACUGUCCCCCAGGCAGUGCCCACCCACUGCCCUGUGAAGGAGGAUACAUGGCUCUCAGCUCGCCUGGGCCAAGGGAUUCCUUUGAGAAGUUCUGCAGAAUCUGUGAUGCAGGCAGCUAUCGUAAUGACUCUUUCAUCUCUGCUCCCUGUCAGCCCUGCCCAGCAGGCUUCAUCUGCCCACAAGGCAGUGAGACUUACCACAAGAAGCCUUGUCCCGUUGGCUAUUACUGCCCUCCCCUGGCAUCUGCCCCUCUUCCCUGUCCCCCGGGGACCCAUGGGAGCAACAGCUUGGCCAAGCAUGUAGAGGAUUGUCAGGCCUGUCCUGCUGGCACCUUCAAUCACCUUCCUGCUCAGGCUGCCUGCUUUCCCUGUGGCAGCUCCUCUUCAUCACAGUCAGGUGCUACCAGCUGUACCUGCCAUGGGUUGAACCGGGCUUUCCAGCACUCAGAUGCCUCCUGUAUCUGCCAGGCAGGUUACAUUUACUAUGAUGAGCGAGGCAAGGAAAACUCUGACAGCAACAGUGAUCAGGACUGCCGACCUCAGGUGGACGAGCUCUGUGCUCCUGGAGAGAUCCGUUUAGCAUCUACACGCCGUUGUGUUUCUCCUGAGCAAUAUGACUGCUCUCCAUCUUGUGGGCCUGCAGGUGGAGAGGUCAAUGCAGAGCUGGGCAUAUGUCACUGCAAACAGUACAUCUCUGCUGAGGAGCUCUGUGACCAAAUGUGUUUGCUGAGAGCCCCACGGAUCUCCUUGGGAUUUGGCAUCAAGAGAGAGCUGCUUCUGAGGGUGGGCGAUGGAGUCAGGGAAGUGACAAAUGUUCUGGGCCCAGAUGAACAUGUUCAGAAGAGCCAGAGGGUGCAUUUGGUUCUGUUUAAUCCCAGUGGAGUGCUAGGUUUCAUUGUCUCCAGCAUGGAUAUCUUGGAUGCAUUUCUCUCAGGAGAGUUUUCAUCAGAUGAGUUGGAGCAGAAAGGUCAUCGAGUCCAGAGGGCUGUCUUCAAAGAUAUCCAUGCCUUGCCCCUUGUCCCUAACCCAGUGGUAUGUUUGGAAGCAGGAGACACAAUCCUUUUUCAGCUUAGCAUCAAUUCUCACAAUCGUGCAUCCAGCCACUACCCUGUUUAUCAGAAGCAGCAUCUUUAUAACAGCAACCCUAGCUGGGAUUAUGGAGCCUUCCGAAGGCUGGACCACCUCAUCCAGGAGACUCACCUCAACAUCUCCUGGUUUGCCCAUGUUUUCCUGGAGUCUGGGACAUUUGUAUUCAGGGAUAAGACCAUUCAGGAGCACUUUUUGAUUGUGACUGUGAACGAAGCAAAUGUGGGCUGUGACCCCAGAGAUGUGUCCUUCCAGCCCUCUUCACUGUUCCAGCUGGCCAGACAUGGGAUUUUGAAGCAGCAGGAGCUGAACUUAGCUCCUAACUGGGCUUCCAUUAUAGCGGUGCUCUUCAUUCUGGGCUUCCUAAUUGUGCUGCUGACAACCCUGGCUAUUGUGCUGCAGCCCACUGUUCCUGUCCUCAGUCCUCUGAGGAGCUGGAAGCCACGAUGGAGGAGCCUGGGUGAGCCGCACAUCCCACCAGAGUACAUCCUUCUUAAAGAAAGCCUUCUGUACUAUCAGAUGCUUGGUCCUCGUGGUUCUGGAGGAGAUGCUGCCUUUGGAGAAAAAGGAGCUGUGCAUAAUGAAGAAGGAUGCUGUGCAGUCAAAGACCUGGAGGAUUUCAGUGUUCGCACUCUGUACGAUAAGUUGGAAGAUCAGAAUUUGCACCUGGCAGCUCAGCUGGCAAAGCACAGGAGGGAUGUGUUGGUGUUUUACAAUGGAAUCAGCCAGCAGCUUCAAGGUCUCAUGGACAUGGUGCAAGCACUGGAUGCUGAGGGCCUGAAAAUCCUUACCAGGCAAAGGGUUUGUGGGCAUAAAUCUGCAGACAGCAGCUGGGCAGCAGUGGGCAUGGAGCAGUGUGAGGAGCACUGCAGCAACAGCUUCUAUGCAGCAGGGCAGGCAGGUGCACUGCAGCAAGAGGCAAUCGAAUUGAUGAAAGCAUUGGAAAUCCUGCUUGGGAGAGCUCAGCCUAAGAACAUGAAACGAGAGAUGGAGCAGCAGGUCCAUGGACAGGACAUGGUGGCAGUUUUACCCUCACUGCACAGUGAAAGUAAAGUAAAAGUAGUGGAAGGGCAGGGUUAUAAGCUGCCUGAGCAAGAAGAGCUCUUCCGUAGGAGGGGUGAUGUCUUCAGCUUCCCUGUGCAUGAAGAAUGCAAGAAAUGCUUAAGAGGCAAUUCCACAGAGGAUAUGAGGAGUACCCUCAUCCCCAUGGAUCCAGCCACUUUGUCACCUCACCAGUUUGUGGUGUACCGCUUUGGCUGUGCAGUGGUGCACCUGUUAACCAAGGCCUGCUCAUGUCCUGCUUUGGUGCUCAUGCUGGCUCAGUCCAUUCCUGCCCAAAGUCCAGAUCAAGCUCUUCUCCCAGGCUUUGGAGACUCCUACUACGAUGCCAUUGAUAAGAACCUGUAUGUGCAUGCAGCAAGGCUGGAGGAUGCUGGGGAGCUUAUUGCUGUCCUGCUGAACACUGUGGCAUGGAUUGCAGCAGGUAGGGCUGUGAUGAGGAGUGUUUAUCCCAUGGGAACAGCACUGCUUGGCUUUCACUGCUGAAAUGAGCUCUUGUAUUGAGAUACCCAAUUAAAUAUCUGCUUUUCUUUUUUCCAGGGUCCUGUUCACAAAAGCAGGCAGGAUUUUAUGAAUCCUGUGAGCACUGGAUUUCCUCUUUGUAGCAGGAAAUUUGUGCCUUGGAUAAGGGUUAUACUAGAAUCUGUUAUUCUGCAAGCACAAGAGAACUGUUCCUUCAGUGUUCUGACUUAAAACAGUUUUGCUGUCAACAAAUGUGACUUAUUCCUUUUGCUUUGCUUUAGGUUGUCCCUCAGCUGGCACUGCUCAUUCCUGCUUUAUGAUGGAGCUCAACAGAGCUAUUGUGGUUCUCGCCAAUGCCUUCUUCCAGGUUUCAUUGGGGAUAGCAGACAAGGACCCCUCAGGCUCAUCUGAUUGCUUUGACAUUCAGAAAGUGCUCAAAGAACUUCUGAGCAUCAGAGUAGUACCACAUCCCCGUGCGAAGGGAAAAGCCCUGGGUGAAAGGGUGUCUGGACUGCAAAAGUACCAGUGCCUUCAUCUGCCACAGGGGACCCUAGACAGGAUGGGAAAUUCACAGAGAAGUGACUAUAGCAGGAAUUCAGACUCCUCUUCUGCUAAGCUGGAGGUUACACAACUGGAGGAGAGGCUGGAUGAACUAAAUGAGGCGUUUGUUGAAUUGACAGUGCAGGCCAUGAGUCUGCAAGAAGAUGGGGAUCUGUUGGAGAAAGAGCUGAGAACACAGGAGGAGUCACUUGUGACUGCAAGCAAGAAAGAAGCGUGGGGAGCUCAGCGGUAUUCUGAAAUGUUAGAUUCUUGGGCCACAAAGAGGGAUGAAGCCUUGCUGCUGGAAGUAGAGAGGAACUGCAUUGCUCAGAGGAUCGAAGAGAUAGAAGCCCAACUAUUGCAUCUUCAAAGUACACAAGCCAGCAGUUCACUUCCUUGAGGAACCUAAUUUGAAAGGCAAUGGCUACAGCAUUGAUGUGUAUGUAAUUAGGGAGGCACAUGAUCAAUUAUCUUGUGGAUAAUUCAUAUUUGUUGGGUUUUUUAGUUGAUUGAAGUAUACUAAUGCUCAGCUAUCAAUAAUGUGUAGGCGUGAGGGAUAAGCUGAGGUUCUUAACAUUUUUCACUAAUUUUAGUUUCUGUUUUAAGUCAGUAAAGCAGAAAUGAUGUGAAGCCACUAAUGGCCCCUACUUAAUGUGUUCUCUAUAGCCUCUGACAUCUGACAUCAAGGGUAUUUUUGAGGAUCUUUUAGGUACAGUUUAGAGCCUUACUUCUAAGUCUUGCCCAGCAUCUCCACACUGCUAUGCAUGUUUUCAGUGUAAUCUUACUGAUCUCAAUGAGGUGUGAGUACACUUAAAUUAUUCCCUGUAGUGAUGACUGCAGCAAUUUGUGUAGCUUCUGGUAUAGCUUCCUGCUCCAUCUCUUUCUGCACAGCUUUCCUUAGUUCCAGGUGAAGUAGAACAACAUAAAAUUGCUUGACUGUGAGCCAGUACAAUGCCUGGGCAAACCACACAGGUAGGCUUCAGCCAGCUAUUUCCAACAACAAAGCCAGUUCUCUUUUCAUUCUGCAGUAUUUACUGAAUUGCUUAGGCGUGAAGAAACUUGUGUACCUGCUCUUUCCUGGUUCCUAAACACAAAUCUGUCCUUACUCAUUCUCCCUUAGCAGAGUGUAUUAAUUAGAGGGUGAGACUUCAAUACCAAGGAGCCCAGACAGAAGCCCUCGACUCUGGUCUCGCUUACUGGUGUCUCUGGUGGAUCCAGAGAAACUUCAUGUUCUUUUUCUCUCACCUUCUCAUUUUGCUGUUUACAAGUUUUCUGAGCUUGCUCUCAGAAGCAGAAGGUUUGUUUUGGUUCCUUUGCAACCUCACCUUGGGAAAAUUCAGUUAUUUGCUGACACUUUGAAGGGCCUUUAAGGAAAUGAGAGGAUUUAUGGAAGUCAAAUAUACCUAUUGGCAAACACUAUGAAACAGUGGGAUUUUCUUUCCUAGAUUACAGCAGUGUAAAGGCUGCAUUGCUCUCCUUAUUGCUUUCUUCUUUUACGUUAUCAGCAGAUACUUUUAUAACAGUACGCUGCUGUCUCUGUAAUAUCCACAGGAAAACAUCUAGAUAGGUGGUGAAGUUACCUCUGCGUGCUCUGUGUGUUAUAUUUUUAAAAGGCAGACUGGGAGGCAUUAGCAAAUAAAAUGUGUCAGUUUUUCAUUGCAACAGUUUUCUCAUGGAAGUAACUUUCUGCUUUGGAUUGAAGCAAAUGUAUGUGUGUAGAAUUCUGCUGGCAGUUCUCUCUUUUCCCCAUUGUGGCUUUCUUAACAAAUGCACUUCAGCUAUAAGUAAACUGCUUUGGGCUUCAGAAUGUGUUGGUUUUUUUCCCCCACAAAAUGAAAAAGUGUUAAUGAAAAGUCCAGAGUUCCACAUGAUGUUACCUUUCAUGUUCUGUUGGUAGUUA